CUGGACAGGUGAGUCAGGUUCAGGUUAGGAAGUCCAGAGAGGACUGGAAGUGAAACCAGAACCCAAGAACUGUUUAAUCUGCAGCUCAGAGACAGAGAAAGUGAACAUAAGUUUUUUUUUUUUUUAAUGUCCUGUUGAUGGUUUUCUUUGUUUUUUAUCUAUUACGUAGUAAAACACGCAUAAUAUAAAUUUAUCCACACAAAUUGAUAAAUAUUUUGAGGGUUAAUUUCCAAAUAUUGUGAUGAUUGUGACUUAAAGCUAACAAGAACCAAAAUAUUAGUUUAUUUUUUAUUUAAUAUUACACCAGAACAAUAAAAAUCAUUUGAAAUAUUUCAUAGUCUGCAUAAUCAUUGACAAGACUGAUUACUUGACAUCCUCUUCAAAUUGGUCAUGCUGCAACAGAGGGAGAAAAACGCUGUAUCCCAGCAUAAUCAUGGAAAGUUAAGUGGAAGGAAAAACUGUAUUCAGUAUGUGAAUUACAAAUGGCAUAUUCCUUAUUUAUGCAAGACCUUAAAGUCUUGAAUUUGAUAACUUUAUUGAAAACCUUUAAAAAGUGUUAAAUAAACUUUCUGUACUGGGUGUCAAAGCUACCAGACUUUUUGUUUCAGUUGCUCUGGAUGUAGUUGAUCUCCUUUAGCUCAACCCUGAUCAUGAGGCAGAACCUGGAUCCAACUCCUAACCGAGUUAGUCCUAACUAGUUUCUGUGCAUCAUCUGCAGACAUGGCGAAGCUCCGUCACUGCUUCACGAUCCUCCUGCUCCUCUUCACCGCCGAAUCGGCUCACAGUGACUUCUUCACUUCCAUCGGUCACAUGACGGACCUCCUGUUCGUGGAGAGGGACCUGGUGUCUUCGCUGAAGGACUACAUCAGAGCAGAGGAGAACAAACUGCAGCGAAUCAAACGGUGGGCGGAAAGACUGGACGUGCUCUCGACGGCCGGUUCUCAGGAUCCCGAGGGUUUCCUGGGUCACCCGGUGAACGCCUUCAAACUGAUAAAGNUUCCUUUUUUUUUUUUCUCCAUGUCCCCAUAG